UUCAUGAGGAGUCUAGACGAGCCAAUGACACUAGUUCUCCGCCCUCAUCGUUUGUGGCACAAUCCAGCACCCCUACACCAUCUAACCAAGCAGCGCCACAACAGUCUUAAACGGCUCAGCAGUCUGGUCGCGGUGGUGGACCAGGUGGCAGAGGUCGAGGGCAAGGACCAAAGCAAGGAUAGGGCAAAGGUCGUAGUCGCGGCAGUCCUCAGCAGCAGUCGCAACAACAGCAACAAUAGAACCCAACCCAACAAAACUGGCCUGGACAGGCUCCGAAUGGGCCGGCCCAGAAUUGGACACCUCAGAGGGCACCGACACCUUUUCCUCAGCCACAACAGUGGGCUCUGCAAGUUAGGCCCAACUUUCAAAUCCAACAAGGAUUUCGUGCCCCUGCUGCAUACUAUGCUAGUCCAAGCCAGGCAUAUGCACCGUUUUCACAACCUUCUUAUGCACCAAGUGGUUCCGAGUAUGGUUCGACUUACACCCCAACGGAGCUCGGGAAUGCUUUCGCAACAAUGGGCUUACAAAAUUAUGACCCCUCUUGGUACAUGGACUCCGCUGCAACGUCACACAUGACUAACAAUGCCGGAUCUUCAAACGGGAGAAUUCUAGCCAGAUGCAAUAGUGCGAGGGACCUCUAUCCAGUCACAUCUUCUCCUUCUACGUGUCUAGCCACAUCACUCACAGCUUUGUUGUCAUCCACUUGGCAUAAUCGCUUAGGGCAUCCCGGAGCACCCACUCUUAGCUAUCUUAGGAGUAAUAAUUUGAUUGAUUGCAAAAAAAGAGCAUGACUAUAAUUUUUGUGUAGGUUGUCAAGUAGGAAAACAUGUUCGCUUGCCGUUUCAUAGUUCUAAUAGUAUUACUUAUUUUGCUUUUGACAUUAUUAUAUUCACGCCGAUCUGAUUUGUGGACUUCUCCUAUUCGUAGUACUAAAGGUCACAAAUAUUAUUUGGUCCUUUUAGAUGAUUUUACUCACUAUGUGUGGACCAUUCCUCUUGUGUAUAAAUCUCAAGUGUAUCAACCCUUCCUUAAUUUUCGACAAUAUGUCAUUACUCAAUUCGAACGCCCUAUCAAGUCCUUCCAAAGUGACCAUGGUCGAUGUUCGAGAGUUCGACAAUGACUCCUUUAAGCUUUUUUGUGUCAAAAAUGGAUUGGGUUUUCGUUUUUCUUAUCCUCACACAUCAUCCCAAAACGGUAAAGACGAACAAAUGAUUCACACUAUCAAUAACACCAAGCGAACCUUUUUUUUCCAUGUCUCCCUUCCACCGUCUUAUUGGCAUUACGCCGUUGAGACGACAACCUACUUCCUAAAUAUUUUGCCCAUAAAAACACUCAAUCAAUGUACUCCAGCACAAGCUUUGUUUGGCAUAAUUCCGUCUUACACUCAUCUUCGUGUCUUUGGGUGCAUGUGCUUCCCCAAUCUAUCGGCUACGGCCAAACAUAAUCUAACACCCCGCUCUACUCCUUGUGUCUUCUUGGGUUAUCCUUCCGAACAUAGGGGAUAUAGGUGUUUGGAUAUUUCCACCAAUAAAAUCAUAAUUCCGCGUCAUGUUGUCUUUGAUGAAAACACACUUCCAUUUCGAAAUCUCACUCAAUUCCGAAAAUCAGAUUAUGAUUUCCUUGGCACCGAUGACACUUCUCUAUUGUUCACCUACCAAAAUUUGCUUCAUACCCCUUUCUCAUUUAAUGAGCAAAGCCUACAGUCCACUCCACAAUCAAGUUGUGGCACACAUACCCACACCACAACAACACUGCGGAGCUCCCUGCCAGGCCCAGGCCCAGCGCACUCUGGCCAGCCAGCGGCCCAGGCAGAAACUGUGCAGCAUCCAGCUAGCACAGGCCCAACAACUGCUAGCCCCAGCCCGGCCCACGCUGCACCCAGCCCGCAUAAUUCUAGCCCAGCUCCCUUGCUUUCAUUGCACAACCAUCAACACUCCUCAAGCCCAAAAACUUACACUCCUCCACCUCUUAGGGGUCACACUCCUAUCACACCUACGAGUCCUCCACCAUUCUCCCCACAAAUGCAAACUCGGUCAAAACACGGUAUUGUCAAACCAAACCCGAAAUUUGGCCUUUCCGCAACUAUACCUGCUCAAGCCUUGACUCGCUCCCCUCUUCCUAAAAAUCACAGACAUGCCCUUUCCGACCCAAAUUGGAAUGCUGCGAUGCGUGAUGAAUGUAGUGCUUUAAUUGAAACGGGGACAUGAGACUUGGUCCCAAGGCAUGCGGGGGUGAACAUUGUUAAUUGCAUGUGGUUAUUUUGUCAUAAAUUAAAUGCUAAUGGUGAUCUUGAAAGACACAAGGCUCGUUUGGUUUGUAAUGGUAAAUCGCAGGUUGAAGGUGUUGAUUGUGACGAAACUUUUAGUCCGGUGGUAAAACCGGCUACCAUUUGUACUGUGUUGAGUUUGGCUAUGGCUUGUUAGUGGUCUAUUCACCAACUUGAUGUAAAAAAUGCCUUUUUACAUGGUAACUUGAAUUAGUGCGUGUAUAUGCAUCAACCCCCCGGAUUUGUCGAUAAGAGAUAUCUAGGGUAUGUUUGCAGGCUCCGCAAGGCGCUUUACGGCCUUAAACAAGCUCCAAGGGCUUUGUAUCAGUGAUUUGCUAACUUUCUUUUGUAGAUGGGGUUGUCAUUGCUAAAAGUGAUAAUUCUAUAUUCAUAUUCCAGCAUGGGAAUGAUAUUAGCAUACUUGCUAUUAUAUGUUGAUGAUAUUGUGUUGGUUACUUCUUCAAAUCAGCUACGUGAGCGUAUCAUCUCUCACUUACGUACAAGAUUUCCAAUGACAGAUUUAGGUCCUCUGAUUUUUUUUUGGGAAUUGCAGUUACUCGUACUCCAUCAUAUCUGUUUUUAUCUCAGCAAAAAUAUGCACAGGAAAUUUUAGAGCGUGAAGGUAUCACUACUAGA